CGCCGCCUGACUAGCGCUUGUUCGAACUCCGCCUGUUCAUUGUAGCGGGAAUGCCGAAAUCGGACUCACCAAUACUUCAGAACCGUGUGCUCAGAAAGAAAAAGAAACAUCAAAACCUCAAUGCUUCCCGGUCGUCAGAUGCUCAGGAAGAGACGCCUGUUUCUCGUAAACGCAAGUGGUCGGGGGUAGAAGAACCCCUUAUCACGAUCUCGCCUAUAGUAAAGCCUAGCCACAAGGGGAAGGAGAGAGAAACUACCAACUCCGAGGUUACAAAGCAAUCGAAAAAGCGGAAGCGAAGUAAAGGGAAAGCGCGAGGUGGCCACGUUGGGACCAGCACCGGCCCACCACCAGCGGUUUUGGCAUCCACAGACUCAUUUACCCUAUCCUCUGAGGGCGUGGAACAUGAUUCAAAGUUUGUGGACAAAGAUGCUGAGAUACAACGACUUCAAAAGGAAUUAGCACUGAAGAAUGAACUUCUUAACAAGCAUGAAAAUGUUUUGUCAUCUCUUCAAAAUGCCCUCCAAUGCCAAAUAUGCCUGGAGAUGCUCUGGAAGCCGUAUUUAGUUACACCCUGCGGACAUGUUCUUUGUGAAGGAUGCUUGAAGGGCUGGUUUACUACCAAUUGUGAUUCCGAGGAGCCGAUUGUCCCGCAUCUGCGAAAGAAAACGUGCCCCUACUGUCGAACCGAAGUCAAAACCCGCCCAGUAUCUGUGUAUCUCAUCAAGUCCGCGGUAUCAACCAUUAUUCCUUCGCUUGACCCAUCCUCCUACACUCACCCCGAAGAGGACGCUUCCCAGCGUGACCAGUUUGGUACACUGGAAGUCAAGGAUGUUUGGGAAGGAAUAUUUCCCCCUCUCGCUCCAUCUUCUGAGCGCGAACGGGCUGAGCAUCCCGACGUUAUGUAUGAUGACGAGGAUGGAGGUGUCCCUAGAUGUCGGGACUGCAUGCAUGAAAUUUUCGACGGCAUGUGUACAGGUUGUGGACGGUUAUAUCUGGGCGUUGAUCAACUUCCCAGUGAUGAUGAAGGCGAGGAACUGUUCUUCAAUUCAUUCUUUGACGUCGCAACGGAUAUCGAUGAAUACGAGCCGUCAUUCAUAGAUGACGGGGAUCAAGAAGACACCCAUCCUGUUAUGCGUAAUUACACGGAUGAUAGUGAGGCUGACGAAGAAUUUCACGAUGCACCAAGCUUGGCCGUCCGCGAGGAAAGCGGUCACGAGCUGGACAACAAUCAGACGCACAGCAGGCGGCAUCGUUAUCGUGUGGAAGUUACUAGUGAGGACGAGGACGAUGAUGAUGAUCCACCAUACGUGCCUAACAGGCGUCGGCAACCUGCAUGUUCUGUAUCUUCUGACACCGAUGGUAGUGACGACAUCUCGGUGCAAAUCCCUGGUUCUUUAAGGGGCCGUCGUCGAACACGCGUGAAUGUGACGGUUGGCAGUGGCGAAGAUUCAGAAGACCAAAGAGAUCAUCUGUCCGAUUCCGAACACUGUAACAGUUGGAGAUUUCGGGGCGCUAGCGUUUCGGGGCGGGGGUCAUACCAGCGCGACAGGCGGAGCCUUGGAUCGUCCCCUCGAGAUAGUGAAAGCAGUGAUACUCACGAACGGGAUAUAGAAAUGUAUGGGGAAGAUGAUUUCCUUCCUGGCCCCUCGCGAGCUCGAAGGCCUCACAGAGCAGGAGAUGAUGCAAUGUCUGAUUCGAAUGAUCCAGCGAUUCAGUACGAGUCGUCUGACGAGGACACUGGAGCUCCAAUCUUCUAUUCCGAAUCAGAGGAUGGAGACGGACUUAUUGCCGACAAUGAUCAAUACCACCACCCUUACGAACCAAAUAGUCCCACGGGUUAUGUUGCCCACGAUGACGAUGACGAUGACGAUGACGAUGAAGUCUACGAUGAUAGUGAAUCUGAUUGAUGCAUACAACCUCCUAAUCCUCAUUGUAGAACUUCCACCCAUGUAACAUAGCUUUUUACGCGUCCCUGUUGCCGUUGGUAUGGCCUAAUUGUGAACUUUCU